AUGGUGCGGCCCAAGGCACGCAGCACGAACCUCACGCACGAGCAGAAGCGGCUCAUCUGUCUGCACGCGCGGCAGUUUCCCAAGACCACACAGGCGCAACUGGGCCAAUGGGCCAAGGACCAGUUCUCGCUCGAUUACGUGCCGUCGCAGGCUGCGAUGAGCUACAUGCUCAAGAAACGCGCGCAGUUUGAGCUCGUGUCGGGCGAAGGGCGCGACUACAAGAAGCUGCGGACGGUCAAGUGCCCCGAGGUGGACUCGGCGCUGGCCGACUGGUUCUUGUAUUGCCAAGUCCGAAGACUCCGACUCCCGGGGGAUCUCGUGCGGCACAAAGCGCGCGUCUUUUACGAACUGCUGGCGCCGCAGCUGCCCGAGAGCAUCACGAGCUCACCGCCGCAGUUUUCGAAUGGCUGGAUGCAUUCGUUCAUGGGACGACAUGGCUUCUCGCUCGGAGGAGGCAAAGGCAGCAAAGGACGGACGUCUCAAGGGAGUCAUGACGCAGCUGACGGGAAGCCGAAGUUCGCCCCGGAAACGCUGGUGAUCUCGACGCCGGACCACAUCAAGGCAGCAAUCGCAGGAGUGUUGCCCGAGAACGUCUACUGGCUGCACGAGACGCGGCUGUUUUACGCAAUGAGUCCCGACAGACAGGUGUUGCCAUCGAACCAUCACCCGGAGAAGAAGAUGACAAUGCUGCUGGCUCUCAAUGCCGACGGCAGUGAUCGACUGAACCCAUUUUUCGUCGGGCCACAUCCGUUGCCGACUGAUUCGGAGCUUGAUGCAGAAGACCGCAUGUACCAAUUUGCCUGCAACCACAAAGCUUGGGUGCCGCCGACCUUGUUACGGAGUUGGCUCAUGGCGCUGGACUGGCGCAUGCGCGUGACCAAUCGCCAGAUUGUACUCAUUGUCGACUCGAUGGCGGCCAUGUGCGUGCAAAAGGCGCCGCUGUCGAACGUGACAAUGCACUUUGUGGAACGGAACCACGCCGGAGAGCUGUGUGUGCGAGCUCUCGAGAUGGGCAUUGUGGCAGCUGUCAAGCGGCGGUAUCGCCACCGGCUCUUGGACUACGCACUUGAUCGACGAGAGGAGGGACAGGUUGAUAUAUAUGAUAUCCCGCUGCUGAAGGUGGUCGAGUGGGUGGCCCAAUGCUGGCAGCAAAUCCCGCGGUCACGCAUCAUGGCCAGCUUUGCGCACUUGGGCGUGAACGCGGCAGGCGGGCCCGGAGCUGCACUUGUCUCGGAAGACCGCACGGACGACAAGCUGGAUGCGCAGAUUCAAGUGCUGCUCAAGCGGCUGAAACUCGUCAGUCCCAUGCGGUUGAUCGAAGUCGUGGCGCCGAGUUCGGAGAAGAUGUUUGACGAAAACCUGACAGACGCCGACUUCGCUGACGCGGCACUGAAUGCCUCUCACGGUACGGUGAGUAUGCAACUGAGCUCGGACGAUCUCACGCGCCAUACCGUCAUGCAAGAGGUCUUGCCUGGCGACCCAUCGGACGCCCCGACGCCGUUCGAUACAGCAGCAGCAGCAGCGGCACCAGCACAGGGAUACCCUGGCUCAUCAUGGGAUGACACGUGGCUGUCGUGGAACGCAUCGCAACGUGCUACGACUGCUGCUACUGCUGCUGUCCGUCAACCCGUGAGCGACGUCGAAGCCGUGCAGACGACCAUCCGAUUGGCGACCGAGCUGAACUGUGACCCGGCAGUGCUGCUGGAGCUCCAUCGAAUCCAGACCGAGGUGGCCAGUCGCGACGCGAGCGCUGCGUCUCCUUCCGCUCCGGUACCUGCUACGACCGUGCGGAAUGCCGGUAUCUGCCAGUUCCGCUUCGGGGCGCCAACCCGACGACUGGUCUAA